CUCCGCGGCCGGCGGGCAUAGCCGGCCUACGGCAUCGACUCCAUCCCUCGCCCCUCUGCGCCUUCGCCCGUAUUCCCUUCUCUGCUCCGGGCUCAGCACAGGCGCACGGCAAGUCAGCAACUGAGUUACUGAGUUUUCGGGCCAUCUCUGGGAAUAUGGAUAUUGCUCCAUUCAAGCUGGACAUUGAUGAGCUAAUAGCCGAUUAUGCCAAGGAGAACAGCACGUCACUGGCUGAUUUCAAGCGAGUUUGGAAGGCAAAGAAAUUUUCUUAUCUCUAUGAAGGCAGACCUAAGACAAACUCUGGUUUCUUCAUGCAGUCCCUCUUUCUGCAUUGUAUUGGUCAUUUGACUUCUCAAAGUUCUCUACGCCGAAGAUUGGCUGGGCUUUACUGCCUUUACUGUCUGUAUGAGUGUCAGCCAUACAAGCCACAGUUCAAGAUCUACUUGUCCCUUGAGGAGUGCAGGCAACUGAAAGAUUUUGUCAUUACGACUAAGCAAAAUGAAGUGCAUCUCGUGCCGGCGCUUGUCAAAAGGAUGCUGGAUAAAGGCAUGUUUUUGUUUGGCUACAUGAAUUUGCUGGGUGAUGACAGUGAGAAGCAGGUUGAGGAAUUGACUGCAUUGCAGAAUAAACGAGUCAAUUUUGCUUGUGACAAGUUGUUCGCAAACACCCAAGCAGAAAGUUAUAUGCACAUGGACCUGGGUGUGGAAUUUGAGCUUGAUAGCAUCAAGAAAUUGUCAAAGGAGUAUGCUGAAGCCAAAAAAUUGGCCCUUGCAGAGGCUGGCCAAACCGUCGACAUUGAAGAUGCUAAGCACAUCCUUCAGAGUGAUAAGCUGUUGGGCGACAAGAUAGAGGAGGUCGUCAAAGAAUGGGAUGCUCAGAAGGAAGAGUUCUACGAGAGAACAGGAUUAUCACGUGGCAAUGAGCUCGUUUUGAUUGACAAUGAUGAAUCAGGAGUACAACAUCAUGAAUACGAUGACUUUGAUGAGCUAACACAGCUGCUUGAGUGAAGAGCGUCUUACACAUGAAAUCCUUUGCUGGAUUUACUAGAUUCAUGCCCCCCACCCCCGUUUUUUUUCUUCUAAUUUGACCUUUAUGUGUUCUACACUGCAAUUAGGAAUUAAAUCUUGUACAUAGUUUAAGUUUAUGGCGAAGCUUAUCUCCUGUGGAUGCUGGGUGAUACGGUUUCAUGCAUUGGGAAUUCUCACAUGUAUCAGGCAUCCCAGUAGGCCAAUUAAACCUGCAAUAUUGCAUUUCCAAUACAGGUCUUGCAGGAAUUCUGUACAUUGAGAAUUUGAGGCAAUAUAUGUAGGAGAUAAUUCCCCACAA